CCAAAGAAAAAACCAAAACCAAACGCACAUUAAACAAAAAAAAAAAAAAACACUCGGAAGAGAGAAAUGAAAGAAGGGGAAGGGGAAGGGUUUGAAGAAUGGGACGCUGAUUUCUUAGAUCAGUUAAUCCAAGUCGAGGAACUCGCUCUCUCUUCUCAACUCCCUUCCUCCUCCGAAUCUCCCCUACCUCCCACCACCACCACCAAACUCGCCUACCUCCCACCACCGCAAGAACUGCAACAUGACUAUCAAAAUAAUUCCAUUAGUUACUCUCCUCCGCGUGAACUCUCUCAAAGACCAAUUGAGUUCAGCAUCAACAACAACAGCAGCAGCAUAACAUUUGAUCGUUUUUCUAACGGAUUCUCGCAUUCGGCUCCUUCUACUUCUGCCUCCAAACAUAAUGCCAAAGACCUAGAAAUUGAUCGCCUAAAGAGAGAAUUGGGACGCGCAUCAAAGCACCUUACUGAUUUGGAACAAGAAUGCUUUGAACUUAAGAAGGAGAGAAGGAAAAGAGACGAGCAAAUUAAAUCUUUAUAUGCCGAUACUGAAGAAAAAGAUGUGCAUAUUCACGGCCGAAAAAAGACAAACUUUGGCAGGGAGCGUGGGGAUCACAGCAAGCAUGCUCAUGGAAUUUCCCAGCACUCUGAAAGUGCAAAACCUUUGGAGGGUCAGAUUGAUAUAGCUUCUACAUCCAAGGCCAUAGGAGUUCAGACAGAGAGAAGCAUUGAUUUUACCAAAGUAGAAUUGAAGAAUGAUUCACCUUCUCACCCUGAACUUUCCAAAACGUUGCUUGGAAUCUGGGGCUCCACAAGUGAACAACAAUUGGGAAGAAAUCUGAUCUCCAAGUUGUUCAUGAUGUGCCCAACAGAUUUUCAGGUUCUUUUUGGGUGCAUGAGCAUGAAUAUGUCUUCCAAAGUACAAAUGGACUAUUUGCAAGACGAAAACUCCUCUCAUGCAGCUUUGCAGUAUCAUAUGUGCUCUUUUCCAGCAUCUGAAGCAGCAAAAGUUUCUCAUCUGUAUUCUGUAUUGAUGAAGAUCAAUAAUGGAGUGCUACAGUUGGAAGCUCUGUUUAGAUCUUUACUUGAUUUUUGUGAUGUCACACAUGUUGCCAUUCUUUCUAGUUCUUUGCAUAUACUGCUAGCCUUUUUAAAGCAACUAUUGAGUUUGGGAGCAAAAUUGGGAUGGGACAAUAUCAAGAUUGAGGGACUUUGCUCCGGGGACAGCAUUGAAGGCCAGGAUCUGUUUAGUAUGAUCAGCUACGAGGCAUCAAAUGUGGGCUGUAGUUCGCUCGGGAUUAAAUCUUUUUAUCCAAAACACCUGUGCAAGAAAAGGUGCUGGAAUGCUGAGAUUUCCUUGCUGCUUUCUUCUGUAAACUGGGUUUUGUUGUUAGAAAUGAUGCUUCAGAUUGCUGUGAGAAAUACAGAAGAAUGUGUGAGACUGGAGGCAGUCUCUAUCAUGAAUGUGAUUCUGAUGAGUAGUAAUGCUCAAACAGAGAUGGAAAAGCUUGGUCAAUCACCAAUUUUUGAAAGCAUAGCACAAUUGCUAAAAAGGGAAGCUGGCCUACGUGUGCAAAAGGAAGCUCUCCAUCUUCUAUUCUUGUUGCUAAAUUGUUCCAAACUGUUGAGCAUUUUUUGCUCUGGUUGUAAAGAGGAAGAGAUUGCUGAUUCCACAAAUAACAAGAAAAAUACUUCGACACCCAAAGGAUUCAGUAGCAUCCUUGUGGGCUUGGCAGAAUGUAUUGCUUGCUCUGGAAAUAGCUUACAGGAUAUUGAACUCUGCAAGCGGGCUAUCAUUAUGCUGGCAUUUUUAGCAUCGUCUGGAAAAUCUGGCUUUGAAAUUAUGGUGACUCACAAGUUACGUGGAGAGACAAACUUUCUUAUGUUGAUUUUGCAAGUGUUAGUGUCUGAAAUGAACGUAGAAGCUUCAGCUGAGCCAGCAAGAAGCAUUAAAGCAAGGACAUCGCUGAUUCGGGAGGCACUGAUAUUACUUAAUAGACUCGUGUCCAAUUCUGGCUACUCGGCGAUAGUCUUGCGAAUAUUAACAGCUAGAAGAGAUAUGGCUACUUUAACCAUUGAUAUUGCAAGCAGGUUGUCCCAAGAAGACCAGAGUCUGAGGCUUUCUGAUGUCAAUGGACAUGUGAAAGAAUCAGAAAUUGUUGAGUUAGGUCAAGCAUUUAAGAAAAGGGUUUUUGCUUAUUUAGGAGAUAAAAUAUCAUAAAAAAACCCGAUAUCAUGGUUCAAAUAAACUAGAUUUGUAUUUGUAUGACAUUAGCUGGCCCAAAAAUAUGCAUAAAGGUCCGAGCAAAUAGAUUUUUUUUCCUUGGUUAGCCAUAACCAAUCAAAAUUCCAUUUAGAAGCUGACCUACUCCCAAAGAUCCCAUCACCCAGAAAUUCAUGAUAGGUCUUAGAGGAUUGUACACGUUGAACAUACGGUGCAUGUAAAAAAAAAAAUAUUAUAAAUGCAAAAUAUUGUCUUUAAUUUUGCUA